AUGUCCUUCUAUCGAGGGAAACAUAACCUGGAGAGCGAUGAAGCUCGCCACGGCGAGCAGACGCCGGGUGCCGCGAAUGAGUCUCCAUUCAUGUUCAUGACGAACCGUAUUGUCGAACUCAACUUCGGAAACGGCUAUCCCCUCUCCGUCCACCGAGACGUUCUCAAAUCCAAGGUGCCGAUUCGCGCUGACUCUUCGAUAAAGAGCAUCAAGUUUCGUGAUAUGUCGCCCGAAGCAGCCCAUACGCUGGUCAAAUACCUCUACACCGACGGACUCGAGACCCCGGGUGGGAACGGGUCUGACUCCGAGUCAAUGAAGACCGUGUUCGAGGUCUACGGGGCGGCUCGCGAGUAUGUUGUCAAGGGCCUUGAGGAGCUAGCCAAAGACCGGAUUGAGUCGCUCGCAGCCCACGUCGAUCCCUUCACUCUGAUUGAUGUCGUGAAGGAGACAUACCCGACACCCGUCAGGGGAGAUGACUGGUUCCCGGAGUUCUUCAAGUCGCGUGUCAAGGCUGCUCUCAAGAACCCAUCGACGUUCCUCAGGGCCAAGCAGAUACCUGACUUAAGCGAUGGCGCUUCAGUGGUCAAAGUGUUCUUCGGAUGUCUUCUCGAAGUCUACGUUGACAUGUUGGGAUCAGUGGCCGAAAACAACGUAAUGCUCGAUGCCCCCACUCCGUCCACAGACACAGACGGCUCAUUUGAGCAGGUCGAAUUGCCAAGCACUGAUGCCCAAUCUCCUACUUCAAAAGAGGAGCGCCAUGACCGUGUCAGCUAUCCUGGCGAGAACGGCCCAGGUCUGGACCAACUCAAAAGCCACUUCGCCGAGCUGAUGAAGCCCGAAUCAGAGCCAGAGCACAAGCCCGAGGCCGAGACAGGAACCGAGCCAGUCUCUGAGCUUCAGGAGCAACCACGUGAGCCUGAGCCUGAGUCCGACAUUGAAAUUCAACAGCUGGUCCGGGAUGAGCCGGAGCCUGCACCGGCACUAGAACCUGAGCGAGCGCCUGAACCUAAGGAAGAUUAUGAUGCAUGGGGGUCGCCCCGCCCCAGGGUGUCCAAGAAGGACAAGAAGAAGAAGAAGAAGCCCGCAGAUCUUGAGCCCAAGUCAGUUGACCUUGCGCCUGAACCUGAGCCAGUACCUGAACCCGAGCCGGUGCCCUUGCUUGAAGAGGAGCCUGAAGAUGGACGCGAGACCGAGCCUGAACCCCAGCCUUCUUUUGAACCUGGCUCAGUACCUGGUCUUGAACCUGAACCAGCGCCUGAACCCGCACCCGAACCAGCGCCCUCGCUUGCAGAGGAGGCGAAAGUCGGUGAAGAUGAUUUUUGGGGAUCCUUGCUGUCUAUCAAAAAGAAGAAGAAGAAGGGACGCCAGACCGAGCCUGAUCCGACUUCUGAGCCUGUCAUCCAGACGGAGCUGGAACGGGAUCCUUGGGAUUUCUGGGGAGUGCCCAAAGAGAAGAGAUCGCCCACGACGCCGAGGCACAGUCUUUGA